CGUCUUGAAAUUUCGAUGACUCCCAUCACUACAUUUACAUAAAUCUAUUUGUACAAUUUCAGCUUAGCCAUGUCUCGUAAUUUGUUUUUAUCAAUUACCAACUUUGUCAAUCAUUUGGAACGGCUGUUUUUGCCACACGGCGGUCCCCCACCCGCCUUGGCCUAUUUAGUGCAUCAACCUAACUGCCCAACGAACAGAACGUCACAGAAUUUCAGUCUGAGAGAUCUCAUUGGUGAUGGCAUGCUAUGGGCUGUCCCAAAGCACAGGCGUAGUGUGGAAAAACGUUUAAAUCGCAAAUUUGGUUAUCCCGAGUAUGUGUGGAAGCCUUUGAAGCAGAAGAGAAAUCUGCGUUCCUGCCAGCACUGUGGUCACGAUCAUGAAUUGGGCGUUCUAUGCCCUCACUGCUACGACAAGGUGCGACAGGAAACGCAGCUUAUGCAGGAUAAAAUACAAGCGCAGUUGGGUCUGGAGCCAGUCGAGCAAGAAGUGAUAGUCUUGUAUGAGGGCGAGACGGCUGACCAAGCGACGGAUGUUGCUACCGGCAAACGCAUAGUGGAAAUGAAAAAACCACGUCCCAUGUGGUUCACUAAGAAUUUGUUACAAAAAUCGACACAGCAAUCCUCAGACACCAAAGAAGUUAAACCGUCCAACCUGGCUUAGGUUGCGCCUUACAUCAUCAAUAAAAUAACGCUGCGUUUAAUUUGUU